AUGGCUCAGGAGCAGUUCGCUAAACAGCGUUUAAUUUAUUCGAUUUUAAAAUUUCUCGAUCGAGAAAUUCAAGCAGAAUCGGUAAAUGCAGAACGUCGAGAGAGUAUUGAAGUUGCCGUCCAAUGUCUUGAAACAGCUUUUGAUGUAUCACUUGCUAAUCCACAGAAUGAUUUAAUUCGUAGUCCAACAAUAGAUCUAUUAUCUCUUGUGUCAAAUAAAUCGUCAAUGAAUGUGCCAAUAACCGAUGAUAUGAGACAACAGGCUGAUAAAUUUAAAAAUCAAGGAAAUGAAUUUGUUAAACAAGAAAAAUAUAAAGAAGCUCUUGAAGCAUAUAAUUCAGCAAUACAAAUUGAUCCUAAUAACGCUAUUUAUUAUUGUAAUCGUGCUGCUGCUCAUAACAAAUUGAAUAAUAAUGAACAAGCAUUAAACGAUUGUUUUCGUUCAAUUGAAAUCGAUUCAAAUUAUAGCAAAGCUUAUGGAAGACUUGGUGUAAUCUAUCUAUCAUUGGAUAAAGUACAUGAAGCUCUUGAUGCUUAUAGAAAAGCUCAUACACUUGAACCAGCUAAUGACAAUUAUAAACAAUCGAUUAAACUUUGUGAAGACCGACUAAAUGGAGCAGCAGCCGCAAGUAAUGCUAUGCCAAGUGGUGUUCCACCAAAUCUUUCAUCCAUGUUUGGCUCAUUAUUAGGUGGUGGUGGUGCAGCUGGCGGGGCUGGUGGGCCUGAUAUGAUGUCACUUUUAAGUAAUCCUGCUUUAAUGAAUAUGGCAUCGCAAUUUGUUCAAAAUCCACAAGUUCAAGGAUUAAUGGCUAAUUUAGUAACAAAUUUAAGUGGACAAGAAGGUGGCCAAGUUGGUUUAGAAACUUUAUUACAAACAGGUCAAAGAAUGGCUGGUGCAUUAUCAGCAAAUAAUCCUGAAUUGAUCGAAUCUCUUCGACGUAAUAUUGGUAAUGCAACACAACAAAAUAGAGAUAACAAUUCACCAUCAGAUUCAGAUCAAAACAGACCACCGCCAUCAUCAUAA